AUGGUGUUAGAAAACGAAUACCAAGCUAUGGAUGAAGAAGUUAUAAACCCUUUGGAUGCCAUACUUGAAUUAGAAGACAGUGACAAUGUCUCCACGGAUGAAAGUUUUGUUUUUUCGGUAUCUACGGAAAAUCUAUCAGAUUUGGAUGAAAUUGAAGUGAUAGAUACUGAUUCCGCCGAAGUGGACAACAAAAUUAUGCAAGUGGAUGAGGUCAAUAAUGUGCGCUUUUUGGCAUACGAAUGUAGAGAGCCAGUUUGUUUGACUCAACAUUAUUAUAUUAUACACAAUCAAAGUCUUUGUCCAUCGUGUUUUUUUGAAACUCUUAGGGGAGUACCAACAUAUAUUCACACGAAUCAUAUAACGGAACAUUCUAGUGGAACUGCGGAUAAUCUGAAUCUGUUAGGAUGUGUAUCUUAUGCGGGGCGACAUACUGCUGAAAACAUUCAAAACAAAAUUCAACGUCUGAUAGCAGAGUGGAAACUAGACAACAGAAUUGCUGCCGUUGUUACCGAUAAUGCGUCAAAUAUAAAAGCUGCUGUGCGCAUUGGUGGUUGGCAAUCUUGGGGUUGCUUUGCUCAUUCCCUAAACUUCGUUACCCAAUCAGCUUUAAAGGAAAUUAGAGAAGUAGUAGAAAAAGUAAAAAAUAUUAUGAAAAAUGCAAUCAUAUCAACUUUGACAGUUUUAAAUAGUUCAGUUACAGAAUAUGUUGAGCCUCUACAAAACGAAGACUGGACUAUUGCUGAACAGUCCAUUAAAGUUCUUGAAAUUUUUAAUUUAGUUACAACUGCCAUAAGUUCUGAGCAAAAAGUUAGUGCUUCGUCAAUAAUAUUUUAUUACACACAAAUUACGAAACACAUGAAUUCAUUUGACAUAAAUACAAUGAUGCCUCAUGUUCAAAAUAUGGUAAAAAAGCUGCAAUUUGAACUAAUACAAAGAUUUUCCGAUAUAGAGGAACAUAGUUUAAUAGCUCAAGCAACAAUCUUGUACCCCAGAUUUAAAAAAUUUGGUUUCAUAGGCCAAAGACAGUAUCUCAAAGCAGUAGAGGCUUUGUACAGAAAGGUAGCCAACACAAAAUUACUCACACAAAAAGAAAACGAAGAGGAAAAUAUUGAACAACCAAUUCAAAAUAUACCGUAUAAGGAAUAUCUACUUCAAAAUUUAUGGAAAGAUUUUGACAAUGAAGUUCAACAGCACCAACAACCAAGCAACCCAACAGCAUCAGCCAUUGUUGAGGUAGACAAAUAUUUAGAAGAGAUCAUUUUACCCAGGAAAGAUAGCUUCGGUAUAUCCCAGGAUCCUCUAUUAUGGUGGCACCAAAGAAAGCAGACCUACCCAAAAUUAUAUCAAAUUAUGUAG